GGGUCACUUCUUGGUCAUUGGUCACUUCCUUUUAAUUUUGUGGCGCCCCGGGGUCACUUCCUGUACAUUUUGGACCAUUUCCUGUUGGUUUUAGGGCAUUUAUGAGGCCCUUGCUAUUUUAGCAAUUUCUGGGUCAAUUCCAGUUGAUUUGGGGGAAUUCUCGGGCCACUUCCUGUUCAUUGGUGACUUCCUGUUGGUUUUGGGGCAUUUCCGAGGGACUUUCUGUUGAUUUUGGGAUAUAUAAUGGUCACUUUCUCUUGAUUUGUGGUCACUAUUGUUGCUUUUAGAGCAUUUCUACAUCAUUAACUGUUUAUUGGUGACUUCCCUGGUGUUUUGAGGGCAUUUCCCAGGCACUUUCUGUGGAUUUGGGGGUAUUUACAGUUGACUUCCUGUUGAUUUGGGGCAUUUAUAGGUCACUUCAUUUUGAAUUUGGGGCAUUUACAGCUCACUUUCUGUUGAUUUUUGCUGUUCGUCGGUCACUGCCUGUUGAUUCGAUGACCAUUAGAUGCUGGCGGCGAUCGCCGAAGCCAGAGAGCCUUUGAUAAAGAGAACCAAACGAGAGUGGAUCGUUCCUCCCACCAAGCUGACGGAGAAUGUUGACUACACUAGCAGGGAGUUCAUCGCUAAGAUCCGGUCAGACAAAGACAGAUACGAAAAGGUGGAGUACUACCUGACGGGAGUGGGGGCGGACAAGCCCCCUUACAACCUGUUCGUGGUAGACCCCAAGACGGGUUUUGUGCGAAUCACUGGAAUUUUGGACCGGGAGGAAUACUCCGUCUACAAUCUAACAGGAAGUGCUAGAUAUCUUGACGGGACCGAGGCUGAGGUGGGUGUCCCAUUGACCAUCACAGUUCUGGACCAGAAUGACCAGACACCUUAUUUUCAGCGGCAUUACGGAAACGUGACGGAAGCUAGCAAAGAAGGCACUUUUGUUAUGCAGAUCAGCGGCAAAGACAACGACCAAGCGGGGACCAUUAAUUCCGAGAUAGUGUACAGUAUCAUCAGCCAAGAGCCGGAAAGUCCCGCUCCCAUGUUCACUAUUGACAGAAACACUGGAAAACUCUACGUCAACAGUCCCUUACUGGACCGAGAGACAAACGACUUCUAUCAACUCAUCGUGCAGGGUGCGGACUUAGCCGGGGCUCCUGGGGCACUGGUAGGGACGGGAACCGUGGAGAUCAGAGUCCAGGAUAUCAACGAUAACAUCCCCACUUUGGAGAAACAAGAGUAUUCUGGCUACGUCGAUGAAAAUGUUCAAGACGUGGUGGUGAUGCGGAUCAAAUCUCUGGACCGAGACCUGGAGUUCACCGACAACUGGAAGACUGUCUUCAACAUCGCUAGCGGAAAUGAAGACAAUCUUUUUCAUAUUUAUACCGAGGAAGAAACCAAUGAGGGCGUCCUGAUGCUAAUUAAGCCUGUGGACUUUGAAGAAGUCCAAAAGCUGGAGUUGAGCCUCCUCAUUUUGAACGUAGCACCCUUUGUGGAGGGCGGUGCAACACUGAUGGACGUGGAUGUCCUGGCUGGAGCGGGGAAUCGCCCUUCUGGUCCCCGAGAUCCUCUCGGACCUGGUCCAGGUUCAGGCGCAGUUGUCGGUUCUGGUGCAGAAACAGUCUCCGGCGCCGCGGUCGGUUCUGGUUCAGACCCACUUUCCGGCGCUGGCGGGAUUGCAAGUCCCGAUGCUGGUGUGAAAGAAGCCGAGGCAGGACCAAAGGCUCCGACCAAAGGCUACCUCAUCAAGAUUGCCGUGAAUAACAUGCCAGAAGAUCCGGUGUUUCUACCCGAAACCAAGAACCUCCGCUUAUCCGAAGACCCGGCGGAAGCACCAGAAAACGGCGUGAUCGCCGUGUUUGCGGCUGAAGAUCCAGACACUGGGAAACCGGCGGAGGAUGUCAGCUACUUAAAAGGCUACGAUCCGGGAAACUGGUUCACUGUGGAUAAAGAAACAGCGGAAAUUAGACUCAACAAGGCACCGGACCGAGAGUCUCCCUUCCUGGUGAAUGGAACCUACAUUGCAAAGAUUCUGGCCAUUACCAAAGACGAACCCCCGAAGACGGCAACGGGGACGCUGGCCAUCCAAGUGAGCGAUGCUAAUGACCACUGCCCCACGCUGAGCGCCACCCGCGCUAGCGUAUGCUCAAACCAAAAGACAGUCUAUGUGACCGGCGUGGACCAGGACGCUAGCCCGAACGCCGCUCCCUUCACCUUCACAAUCAUUCCUGAAGGGACACGUGGAAAAUGGGAGAUCGAAGUCAUAAACGAGACGAGUGCUGCCAUUCACUCUCAAAAUGCCCUGUGGCCUGGUUCGUACGAGGUGCGGGUAGAGGUGGCCGACGCCCAGGGUCUGUCCUGCCCCGAUGUCCAGACAUUCACAGUGGAAGUGUGCACCUGCGUGGAUGGAGAGGACUGUGGGGCUCGAACGGCCAAACUGGGUUGGCGUCCGACAUCGGAACUCUCCGCCGCUGCCGUCGGACUGAUGCUGCUGGCGUUGGGCCUCCUCUUGUUCGUCCCUCUUUUGAUGCUUUUCUGCCAGCGUGGCGGCCAGGGCGCCGUCUUUCCCGACCAGUUUGACGACCUGCCGUUCAACACCAAGGAACAGCUCGUUUCAUACCACACCGAGGGUAUCGGUGAGGAUAAGGAGGUGCCACUCUUGAGCGUCCCCAUCAUGUUGGAGAACCAGAGGCUAGUCGAGACAAAUACAUCUGGAGUCCUCACUGGGGUUCAUCAGGCAACAUCGGCUUACAAUGAAUCAUUGUACAACCUUCAGAAGGUCUCUCGAGGUUUCUCGGAGGUGGACAACAUAUUCAGGGUCGGUCUUGGUGCUGGUUGUGUCUUCAGGAGGCAACAUGAAGAGUUUGUCUUUGAUGACCUGGCGCUACCUGUUAGCAUCCUCCAGGAUUACUACUCACAGAAAGCAGAGUGUGCAGUUCCAGUCCAAGACAGUCCGUUGGUGUUUAAAAACGAAGGGUCGGAGUCACCCAUCAGCUCCGUUGGUUGCUGCAGCCUCUUGGAGUCUGAAAAGGACCUGCAGUUCCUAGACGACCUGGGGCCCAAGUUUAAAACCCUGGCGGAGAUCUGUUCCCCUCUACCACCAUCGCCCAAACUUUCAAUAAAAGCAUCAAACUCCAUCCCUCAUCAGGGAGUCCCAACAGCUCUUGAGAUGAAGUGUGACACAAACACAGAGAAGGAUGCCACGUCAACUGAGAAGUUCUCGUUCAGGUCCAGAAAUGGUUCAAACAAACAGAAAAAAGCUCAGAACACGGUUUUGCAGCAGGAGCAGUCGCUUUACUUUACAACCAGUCCCGUGCUUCAGCCAAUGCACUAUGUGGUUCAGCCUCAGAUGCAGAACACGGUCCUACUGGCAGACGGGUUCCCGGCAGAUAGUUUUCAAGGGCUCUAUGUGGUCAACGGACUAGAGAGUCCUACUUCUGGACUCUUAGUCACUGAGAUCCAAAAUCCAGUAGUCAGUGGAAGCCAGAGUCCUACUGCUGGACUUAUCGUAGCUAAUGUCCAAAACCCUCCAAGCAUUAUUCCUACCUCUGGACUUGUUGUCACUGAAGUUCAAAGACCUCCCUCUGGGCAUGUGAUCAAAAAAGUCCAGAAUCGUGGAACUGGAACCAAAGUCAAAAGACCGUCCUCAGUCAAUGUGGUCAACGGACUAGAGAAUCCUACCUCUAGAGUCUUAGUCACUGAGAUCCCUAAUCCAGUAGUCAAUGGAAGCCAGAGUCCUACCACUGGAUUUAUUGUAGCUAAUAUCCAAAACCCUCCAAGCAUUACUCCUACAUCUGGACUUGUUGUCACUGAAGUUCAAAGACCUCCCUCUGGGCUUGUCAUCAGAGAAGUUCAGAAUCGUGGAAUUGAAACGAAAGUCAAAAGACCUUCCUCAGUCAAAGGAUCCAAGAAUCGCCUCCCUGGACUUAGUAGUCAUGGGUCUCUAAAGCUCUUCCAUUGAACUUGUAGUCCGCUAAAAGGUUUCUAAACCUUCUGAGGGCCCAAAAGCAAAAUAACAUGAAGGCCCAUCCUCCAAAACAGGAUGAUCCGUGAUUUAUUCAACUCCGCAAGUAGGUGAAAUUUACAAAGACAGCGGUCAUGUAUUUAGGUUUUUUUUUUUUUUUUUUUUUUUUUUUUGUAUGUUUGUGUUCAAGAUAUUGAAUAAAGGCAUCAUUAAUUUGCAGGAUGUUUGUAAUAUGAAACAGAAUAGGUGAUUACAUUUUGGGGUCAUGAAGUGAAAGGUCACAGAGGUCAGAAAAGGGAAAUUUUAUAUAACUUGCGAACGGAUUAGCCUAUUUAGCUCAAAUUGACAGCGGACAUGAUAUGAUCAGAAGAGAAAGGGUCAAAGGCCACAGAGGUGAGAAAAGCAAAUUUGCGAUAUCUUGAUAACAGAUUUACUUAUUCAACUCAAAUUUGCAGAGUAGUUGAUAGGAUCAGAAGAGCAAAGGACAAAGGUUACAAAGGUCAGAAAAGGAAAUCUGCUAUAACUUGAUAACGGAUUAGCCUAUUUAGCUCAAAUUUGCAGCGGGCAUAUGAUCAGAAGAGAAAGGGUCAAAGGUCGCAGAGUUCUGAAAAACAAAUUUGUGAUAUUUGGUAACAGAUUUACCUAUUGAACUUUUUGCCGAGUAGGUGAUAGGCUUAGCAGAGAAAGGAUCAAAGGUCAGAAAAGAAAAUAUGCAAAAACUACUGAACGGAUUAGCAUAUUUAGCUCAUUUGUAGUGGACAUGAUCUGAUCAGAAGAGAAAGGGUCAAAGGUCAGAAACAGAAAUUUGCGAUAACUUGAACGGAUAAGCCUAUUUACGCUAACUCAAAUUUGCAGUGGACGUGAUCUGAUCAGAAGAGAAAGGGUCAAAGGUCUGAAAAGGAAAUUUGCAAUAACUUGAACAGAUAAGCCUAUUUACUGUAAUUGAAAUUUGCAGUGGACGUGACAUGAUUAGAAUAGAAAAGGUCAAAUGUCACAGAAGUCAGAGAAGGAAAUAACUUGAUAACGGAUUAGUUUAUUUAAAAUUUGCAGCAAAUAUGAUAUGAUCAGAAAAGAAAGGGUCAAAGGUCAGAAAAGGAACUUGGCAAUAACUUGAUAACGGGAUAGCUAAUUUAAUUGUAAACUAAGUUUACAGUGCCUGUGAUGUGCUCAGGGGACAAAGGGUCAAAGGUCACAGAUGUCAGAUGCAUUUGACUGCUUAGGUGGAAGUCUGUCUCAGAGUGAUUCUGUUUUUUGAAAAAUUAAUGUAAUGAAUAUUUGUAGUUUUUUUAAGGACAGAUAAAAGAUAAAUCAAACUGUGCUGUAUGGGAAAGCGGGUUAUAGGGUGCAAGUAGUUGGGGAAUUGAUGAUGAGCAGAAAAAUACUGGGUAUGGGGCAUGCGGGAAAGGUUAAAACCAGUUUCAGGGAGAGUCUUAAGGACUUAGUACUGAAUUUCUAACCAAAGAAAGGAAGGACUUGCGAUGGAUGUUCCAACUGAAAAGGGGAAUUCCACCAGCGAGAACCCUCCAAGGGUUAGUCCCUUAAAUAUGUCCUUGGAUCAUCUCAUUUUGACGAUGGACAGCUUGGACUCCAACCGCUAAGCCUUCGGACAUCUCAACACGCUAUAGACUGGUUGCCCAUUGCUUAUACUUGUAUGAAUGUUA